GCCGAAGUGUGUGCUGUAUUGCCUAGUAGCUAUUUGCCAGUAGGUUGCUACGAUUCAUAAACUUAGCGCUGAUCUCUCGUUUCCUCCGCUACUCAAAACUCAAGCUGUGUGACAUCUUAAACCCGAUCUGACGUUAAGAUGACAAGUAUGAGCCUCACAUCUCCUUGUAUUGUUAAAGCUGCAAUCCCAAUCCAACUCACAGGUGCUGUUGUCAAGGCCCCGAGAUCGCUUGGAUCUGUUAAGAGCAUCUCGAAAUCAUUUGGCUUGAAAUGUUCCUCAAAUUGCCGAACAUCCAUGGCCGUGUACAAGAUUAAGCUCGUACGACCAAAUGGUGAGGCAAGCGAGAUUGAAGUUCCUGAUGAUCAAUACAUUUUGGAUGCGGCUGAGGAGGCUGGACUAGACCUACCUUAUUCCUGCAAGGCCGGAGCUUGCUCCACAUGUGCUGGAAAGAUGGUUUCGGGUUCCGUCGAUCAAUCCGACGGUUCCUUCCUCGACGAUAAACAAAUGGAAGACGGUUAUUUGCUGACUUGUGUUUCGUACCCUACCUCAGAUUGUGAGAUUCACACUCACAAGGAGCAAGAUCUCUACUAAGUAUUUUGUGGUCAGAAAAUGAGUUAGUUUCUUAAGUAGCUGUCCAGACUAUUAUCAGAAGUUGCCAAUGAGAGUAAAUACUCUCCUACCGUAGAAUGUGUUGUCUUUUAUUGUGUAACGUUUGUUACUGUCAUAUUUAGGGGUGGACUGAAAUUUCAUAUCAUAAUUGUUCUACUUGAUUGGUAGAAUGAACCAAACAUUGCUAUCUUGUUAAAUUCUAGUCCACUGAAAAGGUGUUGUAUAAGUAAGAUACAAGGAUGUCAUUGC